UUCAGUGGUCUUUGACGACGAAAGACCAGAUCAGUUGAGAUCACGUUCAGCUCGGUGGCACGACGCGUUCAAACCAAUCGCACCACAAGUACCUAAUUCAUUAACAAUAACAACGCAACGCCUGCUUACGAAUAUUCAAUAACAACAAAUAUCGAUCAGAAUCAGAAAGAAGAGAAGAAUUAUCGCAGAUUGAACGAAAGAAAUGUAAAUAACUGAAAAUACCUAAGUGCAUACAAACAAACUUCCACAGAUCGGGAAAUCGUUUUGUCUCACUUGAUUUUCCGGUGGAAUACUUUAAUUCUCUUUGUUGGUUGUUUUUAUCUUUGUUUAUUUUGCUCCAACACACAUUUUCCUUGUUUGCCAUUGUUGAUACAAAAAGAUUAGACGGCGGUGUAGAUAUGAAAAAUUCGAUGUGGAAAUAAUUGUGAGCGCGCAUAAGUGUAAGAAAAGAAAAGAAAACGAAAGAAAAAACAGAAAAAUCAAAAAUGCAUACGAAGAAAGUGUAAAUGAUAAAAAUACAGAGAUUAAAAAAAUUAUAAAUAUAUAUAGUGAAAUAUAUUAUAGAAGAACGUGAAAAAUAUUUACAUACAUACAUGUACAUAUAUACAUACAUAUGUAUGUAAGUGUAUGUGACAAAAAUAUGUCAGCUGUGGAGAGUGAGUUGCAAUAAACCGUUAAUUUGUGGCACCGCAACAUAAGUAAAGACGUAAAAACGCCAACCCCAAAAGUGUACACGCCGCACAGCAACAAAGGGGUGAUAAUGAUUAUUUCCAAAGAUCUCUUCAUAUUCGGCGAACAAAUUUUUGCAACAAUCAUCCCAGAAAGCGGAUCGUCACCGACCGCACAGCAACAAUCGUCAGCGACAACGCAACAACAACAAGUAUCGUCCCAGGAUCCUGUCGCAAUUAUAAAUACAACAACAGCAUUUACGACCGACAUCGAGGCAGCGGCUGAAAUACUGCCCACUUUGAAUGCAGCUGAUGCAACAACAAAAUCAACAAAGAAACCAUCAACAAAGGAACUCAAAAGCGGUGCAGCAACUACAGCAACGAUCGCCUUCGGAGCAGCUGAUUCCAGUGUACUUUUGGAUGCAAAAUUGCAUCAAGCCCCAAAGGAAGUGCAGCUAAAUAAUAUACAAUACCGCCAUCAAUUGCAACGACAACAGCAACCGCAGCAGCAGCAAAUGAGAACAAGAAGCAGAGAAAGCCAACAAAAGAGUCAAAGCGGCGGCGAAAACGGCUACAGGACAAAUAAGUUGUUGUAUACGAAUAGCACGGGAAAGCGACAACAACAGCAACAACACGAACGCUUGCUGAACAGUUUCGGCACGACGGCCGCGACCACAACAACAGCGACCGCGUCAGCGACAGGAAACCACGCGGCGACAUCGGUGAUCAUUCAGCUAGAGGAAGACGCCAACGGCAAGAAGAAGCCAUUAAUGAAGAGAAACUUCACAAAGAUAAUUGCAAAGCCGCUAAUUGCAGCAACAGCAGCCACCACUGGUACUAACAUUGGCAUUGGCAGUGGCAGUGGCGCGGACACGAACGGUGGCACGGUGACGAUCGCAGGCAUAGACGCAACCGCAACAGCCGCUAUUGAGGAGGCAAAUCAAACAAGCGAUUUCGCAACACACGAGGUAACGCCACUGCUGCCAGCCGACCGAACUGAACUGCAAACACAACAACAGCAGCCGCAGCCACAGUCACAGUCACAGCAACAAUUGGAGCACACAAUCGCCGAUCGUCGUCUACAACUGCAACUCCACUUGCCAGCGGCAGAGGAAGGUGUUGCCAGCGACGAUCUGCCAACCGCUUCGACCACAACAACAAGCACCGCCACUUCCGAUCGCGGCAGUUACGACACGACCGCUGUCGCCGAGUCACCUUUUGCCGGCCACAAUUCAAGUCUAAACUCCAACGAGGAUUUGCCGUCAUUGACAACAACGACAACAACAGCAACAACGGCUACAAUGAACAAAGUCAUUUUGGGCAACAACACAAGCAGCGAUCAAACAAUGUCUACAUUUCCUUUCAUAUCCGAUGCGGAACCGCACCACCGCACGCUACAGUUGUCAUUCCAGAAUAUAAACGUACUCCACAACGAGCGCCAGAUUCUCUCCGAUGUGAGUGGCUCAGUAAGGCCUGGUGAGGUUUUAGCCGUAAUGGGCCCAUCUGGCAGUGGGAAGACGACAUUGCUCGACUGCCUCAGCGGGCAGCGGCGCUUCGAUAGUGGCGGCGUCUACCUCAAUCGCGAGCCGCUCUCUAAAAAGUGGCGCCGCAAGAUCUGCUAUGUGCUGCAAGAGGAGAUAUUUUUCUCGGGACUGACCCUUAGAGAGACCGUUAUGUACACGGCAUUGUUACGGCUGCCAGAGAAAAUGCCAAAGUCGGAGAAAAUUCAAUUGGUGGAUCGUAUACUGGAAGCGCUGGAGCUAACCUUUUGUCAACACACGAAAUUUGGCGAUUACCUCAAUCGUGGACUGUCGGGUGGUGAAAAGAAGCGCGCCAAUAUCGCAUGCGAGUUAUUAACUAACCCGUUGGUGAUGUUAUUAGAUGAGCCAACAUCCGGCCUUGACAGUCAUUCUGCCAUAUCGCUCAUGAAUUUUCUUAAGCGCUACGCGGUGCAAGAGCAGAAGACUGUGGUGAUCACCGUUCAUCAGCCGUCUUCGCAAAUGUUCCACAUGUUCGAUAAGCUGUUGCUGCUCUAUAGCGGUCGCACUGCAUACUUUGGUGAGGUGAAUAAUGUUUACACGUAUUUUGAAAGUAUCGGAGUUGCCAUCAAGCCACACUACAAUCCCGCGGAUUUUGUAUUGGAACAGCUGAAGUCGUACCCUAAAAUUCGCGAAAAGCUUUUCAUAGCCGCCAAAGAAUCGCAUGGCAACUACUUGAACAGAAACUGCAUAACGGUGAACACGAACAAUCAACGCAACCAGCAGCACCACUCCAACAAGCAUCAGUUGGACAUACGACGUAAUGGCGCGGCUGGUGACACAAUGUCCCACAUUUCACCCAACACAACUACCAACAGCCCUUCCACUACCACCGAAAUCGUUCACGAGAAACCGCUCAAGCACGAUGCACUCAUCAACGAUAUCAUCAACAAUUACUACAAAGACAUACACAACAAUCACACAAACCAUAUCAAUCAUGAUGCCAUGUUGAUCAUAAAUGACCACCAGAACACCAAUGAGGAGGCGUCGCAACAGCUGUGGUAUGGACACGAUUCCCAAUCAAAUUCGAGCGCCACGUCGAGUGAUUGCCAGCGCUACGAGAGCUGCGGCGACACCGACUGGCUCGAUUAUCCGACGAGUUUUCACACGCAAUUCUGUGUGCUGUCUAGUAGAAAUUUCAAGGAGGCCAAACCGCGUAUGUUAUCCAAGUUGAAUUGGUUCCAAACGAUCGGCUUGGCACUGAUGGCUGGUUCCAUUUGGUUUCAAAUACCCCGUACCGAGGAGUUCCUACAUGAUUUGCAAGGCUGGAUGUUCUUCUCGCAGACGUACUGGAUGCUGUUUGCGCUUUUCGGCGCUUUAAAUUCAUUCCCUGCCGAGCGCGAAGUUAUCAGCAAAGAGCGUCGCUCGGGCGCCUACAGGCUUUCUGCCUAUUACUUGGCGAAAAUGUUUGGCGAACUGCCUUUGGUUGUGACGCUACCGACUGUUUACCUCAUGAUAUCCUACCCGAUGCUCGGCUGUACCAGCUUCAAACUCUUCUCCUUGAUGUUGGUCUUUUUGCUGCUUAACACAAUUGUGGCGCAAAGUGUGGGCUUCUUCAUCGGCGCCUGUUGCAUGGAUAUGAAUGUCAGCAUCACAUUGAGCGCACUCUACACACUGGCGACACAACUAUUCGGCGGCUAUUUGUCGACACGCAUCCCCGAGGGGCUCAGCUGGAUCCGCUACACCUCAAUGAUACACUACGCAUAUCAGAAUAUGCAGAUUUUAGAGUUUCGCGAAGGACCAGUGAUAAGUUGUGGCAACCCUAGUAGCUUUGAAUUCUGUAAAAGUGGUGACACGACGACCACAUUCAUUCCAUACGAGGAGAUACUCAAGGCACAAAACUCCACCUCACCGCUUUGGCUCAACACGCUUGUUUUAAUGAUGUUCUUCGUGGUAUUCCGCUGUCUCGGCUACGCGGUGCUGCGCUACUUCCGCUGCCCCAAAACGUGA